GACUUAACCGCUGCCUGUAUGACACAAUCCAUCAAUGGUUGUCCUGAGGAUCAGAAAUGUUCACAAAAGGAAAUAUGCUCUUAUCUGUCUGCUCAUCAUUGGGUUCAUCAUGUUCUACAGAUAUCUCAGAGUGCCAGCACGGGGACGGGGGAUGAGCAGGAAAGUGGGCCUAAGAGCCAAUGUCUCCCAGUUCACCCUGGAGGGAGCGCCUUUUCAAAUCAUCGGGGGAUCCAUCCACUAUUUCCGUGUGCCUAGGGCCUACUGGAGAGACCGGCUGAUGAAAAUGAAGGCCUGUGGCAUCAACACACUCACUACGUACGUGCCAUGGAGUCUGCACCAGCCAGAGAGAGGGGUUUUCAACUUCCACACACAGCUGGAUUUGCAAGCUUACAUCAGUCUUGCUGCUGAAUUGGGAUUGUGGGUGAUUUUACGUCCAGGACCCUACAUUUCCUCUGAGCUGGACCUCGGAGGACUGCCCAGCUGGCUGCUCCGUGACAGCAGCAUGAGACUGAGGACGACUCACUCAGGCUUCACUCAGGCUGUCAACACCUUUUUUGACAAACUUAUACCAAAAUUGGUUCAGCUGCAGUUCAAGAAAGGAGGUCCCAUUAUCGCAAUUCAGGUCGAAAACGGGUACGGAUCCUUUGCAAAGGAUGACGGUUACAUGUUUUAUAUCAAAGAGGCUUUACAGUCCAGAGGGAUCAGCGAGCUCUUGCUCACAUCAGACAACCACAACACAUUAAAGUCAGGAGGUGUAGAUGGAGCCAUCAGAUCAUUGAAGCUGCAGAAGCUCAAUCAGAGAGACAUCCAGGAUCUGAAUUCCAUCCAGCCGAACAGCCCCACCAUGGUGAUGGACUUCUGGACUGGCUGGUUUGACAUGUGGGGUGACCUUCACCACGUGCUCCCUCCAGAGGAUAUGGUGUCCACCAUGAGGGAGAUUCUGAGACGGGGCAUGUCGGUCAACCUCUACAUGUUCCACGGAGGCUCCACAUUUGGCUUCUUGAGCGGAGCGCUCGCUGACCCUUCCUACAAAGCUCUGGUCCCCAGCUACGAUUUUGAUGCUCCUUUGACUGAAGCUGGGGAGUACACUCCAAAGUAUCAUCUCCUUAGAGAUCUUUUGUCUCGCCACAACGGAGGUGUGGAUCUCCCUGAUAUGCCAGCACUACAUUACAGGGAGGCUUAUGAACCAGCAAUCAUGUACCACCACCUGUCCUUAUGGGACGCUCUGAGAUUCACAGAGGGACCAUUUAAGUCACUCAGGCCAGUGAAUAUGGAGAGUUUACCUGUGAACAAUGGAAAUGGCCAGUCUUAUGGAUACAUGUUGUAUGAGACUACCAUCACCAGUGGAGGUUUACUGAGCUCUGGAGACAAUGUCAGAGACAGAGCACUGGUGUUUGUAGACAGAAGCUACAUAGGACUUUUCAAGCGCCAGAAUGUGGAGCUGGCGGUUCCUGAUGGUAAGGGUCGACGGACCUUGAGUUUACUGGUGGAGAACUGUGGACGAGUUCACCAGGGAAGGGACCUUGACAAACAACAUAAAGGACUCGUGGGAGACAUUUUAUUAAACAAUAUUCCCUUGCGGGAUUUUACAAUAUACAGUUUGGAUAUGAAACCCAGCUUCAUUGAUAGGUUUGUGUGCUUUAUUGAACCUACCACACACUGCGCAUCACUUUUUGUACGUCGAAUGUGUUUGUCUAAAUGGACGCCUUAUCUCAGUCUCUACCAGGCACCGUGGAAAACACUUCCUGAAAAUCCCAGCUUCCCUGGAUUUUUCAUGGGAAGGAUGUUUGCAUAUGGGUAUCCAAGUGACACUUUUGUGAAGCUCCCAGGCUGGGAGAAAGGUGUUGUGUUCAUCAACGGGCUGAAUCUGGGCCGAUACUGGUCCAUUGGUCCACAGCAGGCGUUGUACCUCCCUGGUCCGUUCCUGAACAGUGGAAUUAACCAGGUCAUUAUGUUUGAGGAGCAAGAGGGAGACUACAAGGUCCACUUUGAGGAUACGCCUGAUCUUGGCAUGGCAGCAGACAUCCAGUGACUGAAGUUUGUCACGUGCGAUUAAACCUUCCAAUUUAGACGCUUCAAUGUUGCUGAUUUUGUAUUUCUAAUUUAUUGCCUUUGUCUGAAGGACUGUUGACCGUUAUAAAGUAAUAAACUGUGAUGCCGAGCAA